AUGGCAUGUCUUGAUCCAAAAAAUGGUUUCUCUGCUUUUAAUGUUGGUAAACUUCUUCAUCUCGCUAGUCUUUAUCCCGAGGACUUCUCAUCGGCUGAACGUAUGUUCUUGUCUAAAGAACUAGAAACUUUUGUCGGUAAUGUGAGAAGUGAUGCACGGCUGAUUGGUAUAGAAGAUUUGGGUAGCCUAUCUCACAAGAUUGUUGAAACCAAGAAAGAUAAAAAAUUUCCAUUAGUUUAUCGUUUGAUUGAGUUGGUAUUGCUCUUGCCUGUAGCGUCUGCAUAUGAUGAAAGAGUAUUUUCAGCGGUGGAAUUUGUCAAGACCGACUCGCAGAAGAGGACCGGAGAUGAUUGGCUGAAUGACUGUUUGGUGAUAUACAAUGAAAGAUCCAUCUUUGACACUGUUUCUAAUGAAAGAAUCUUGAAACGUUUUCAAGAUAUGGAUACUCGUAGAUGA